AUAUUUAUUAUAUUGAAUAUUAGAAAUAUCUUACAUAUUUAUGGAUUUACAAUAUAUGUAAGUACUCGUCUAAUAUACUACCUAUCAUAAAAUGGUAUCUACCAAAAACUGUAUGCCUGUAAUAUGCUACAUACCAUAGUUAUUUUUGUUUUAUUUCAUUUUAUUGCAGAAAGUACAUUUGAGUCAUUACGAUAAAUAACAUAUAACAGUUGUACAAAUUUAUAGCUUAAUAGUCAUUAUAUCUAAUCCACCAAGACCCAUGAUAACUUAAUUUUAGAUAUAUUAUUUUAGUCUAUGUUGUGUCUGUUGUGUUUGCGUAUGUGUCCUAAUCGUUGCAAGUUUUACUUUUUAUUUCUUUAUUUUAAAAUAAAUAAAAAUGAAUAAAUCAAUGCGCUAUAUUUAUAAGGACAUAUAAUAUGUAAUGAGAAAACAUGUAUUAUCAUCAAGAAAGAAACUUGUUUCCAGAACUUGGUAGUUGUUCCAAAUUAAAAGAUGGUGUUAUUUGUGAAGACUUUGGUGUAAACUUAAAAUUGAUAACUGACAAAAGGAAAGAAAAUGUCCAAGGUAUCACGAAAAGUUUUGCUAGGUUUUGUAGAUGAACAUAUUGUAAAUGAAAGCUGUUCUGAUGAUGCAUAUACAAUAAAUAAAAUAGGAGGGUUAUCAGAUACACAAAAUCAAAAUUUUUCUCCAAAGUGUCCACUAUGUAAUCACCAGUUACCAUUACUUAUUCAAAUAUAUGCCCCUGUUACAAAUUCUAUUUAUCAUAGAACAUUAUAUAUACAUGCAUGUGUAAGUCCAGGAUGUUGGAACAAAUCUCAGAGUUGGAUAUGUUUGAGACGGCAGUGGAUCGCAGUAGAUCAUUAUGAAGAUAAGCAGCAGUCUACGACAGUUAUAGAAUGGUGUGAUGAUGCUGACGACUGGGGUGAAGAACCAAUGACUGAAGAAAAUGAUAACAAUACUGUUAAAAGCCAAGCAAUUGAAAUUUAUGCUUCUGCGAGUGCUGAGUUAGAAAAUUCUGAUGUUGAUAAUAAUGUAGUUGCUGAACCAAUUGAAAUCCCUAAUAUAAAUUGUCUUCAAUUGUUAGAUAAUAGAAAAGAAAUACCUUUAGAUCACUAUGAUAUGAAUAUAUAUUUUGAGCCGUAUUUUAUAUCAGUAGCUUAUGAAGAAUCAUCAGAUAUAGUAAAAGAACAUGCUAAUAAUUUAUUACACAACUAUCAAAGUAACCAAACAAUUCUUGAAGAAAAGAAUGAAGGCUAUGAAAAAAGUUUACCAGCUCAUGGCGAUAAAUAUUUUGAAACAUUUGCAUCAACAAUAAGAAAAAAUCCUGGUCAAAUCUUAAGGUAUUGUCGUAAUGAAGGCAAACCAUUAUUUUUAUAUGAAGUUAGUGAACCAAAUGAAUGUACUAACUGCAAAGGCAAAUUACUAUUUGAGUUACAAAUUCUUCCAUCAUUAAUUUCAUAUUUGAAACUAAUAUGUGGAGAGGAACAUCUUGGUACCGGACACUUAGAAUUUGGAACAGCUCUAAUAUACACCUGUGAAAAUAAUUGCUGGAAUGAAGGAGAUACUUUUAAGUAUGAAUGUGUUAUAGUGCAAGAAGAAAAACUAUUUUAAAUUUUUAUAUUUAUCUAUUAAAAGACUUAAACAACAA